AUGGGAACCUUUAUCGGUCACGUGUAUCCAGGGUUGUUCCUACUUGCAUAUGGACUGUAUCGAGCAGUAGAGGUCUCCAAAGCUGUGAUAUUCAGCAACUCUCUCCCAGAUCCUUCUUUGCCUCCCAAGAAUAAAGGGAGAUGGGCCAGGCUGUGGAAACUGUCCCACGGAGGUUUGCUGAAGAUGCUGGCUGGCUCUGGCUUGAUGGCGUAUGAGAUCAGCUGCGUUGAGAGAGGGCUGACACUGAUGAACAGGGACCUGCCACCGAGAUUCACGUAUGCCAAACAGUGGCAGCACCUCACCAUGUUCAUCCUCCUUACCCUCAACGGCUGUAUAGACAUCAUGAGCAAAAACUUGCUGCCUCAGCGCUGUGUGCCCCUAGAGAAAGGGAUCUUGGUGCUGACCUUUUACGUGCUCCUGCUGCUGUUGGCAUCGCAUGUCCAGGACUCUGCGGGGGUGGAGCUGCAGGUUCACUCUCUGCUCAUCUUGGUGGUGCUGCUGCUGAUGCUGGUGUUCACCGCCGAGCUGUGGGCUCCCGAUACGUUUCAACUCGCUGUGAUUGAGACCUUUCUGUUUCAGAUGAUGGGCUCCUGGCUGGUACAGGCGGGCUUCAUUCUGUACAAACCAGUCUCUGGCUACCCGUGGGAGGAUGAUGACAUUAGUGACAUCAUGUUUGUUACCACCUUCUUCUGCUGGCAUGUGAUGAUCAAUGCUUUGUGCCUGCUGGGAAUCUAUGGAGUGUCUUCCUUUUGGCAUCGUUGCUACCAUCCUAGCUGGAAGCUGAAGGGGUCCAGAGAAGCUCCAUGUUACAUAUACUCCAGGAGACCCCUCUACCAAUUGCUACAGGAAGUGGAGCAGUCAGAGAAAGAUGACCAGGCUCUCCUUUCAAAGAGUUCACCCUGAGACAGGGCUUGGAAUGCCUGGCUCACUGUCUACCCCAUCUACCCCUUUGUGGGUUCUCCCAGACUUGCACUGUACCCUCUUUGGUCCCUGGUGAAGACAUAGUGGCCAUAAAGGAGAGCCACUGGUCUCCACCUGCCAGUGCACCUCCUGUCUCUGAACAUCUAAACAUUGGGGAGACGAGAAGGGGAUGCUAAAAGGAUUGAUGGGAUUGGGAGAUAGGAGUAAGAGGAAGUGCGCAAGGAGAGUCAUAGGGGGAGAGAAUGCA